AAGUGAACUUUCUAAAAUGGCUUCAAAAGCCGAUGCUACCCACAAACAGGCGGAAGAGCAAGAGAUUCUGCCACCGGAAUGUAUGGUGGAGGAGGUGGCGUUAGUAGUGCCUGAAACCGACGACCCAUCACUACCGGUGCUGACAUUCCGAGCAUGGACUCUGGGACUGGCGUCAAGCACCCUUUUAAUAUUCCUAAACACUUUCUUCAUAUAUCGAACACAGCCUUUAACCAUAUCGGCGAUUCUGAUGCAAAUUGCGGUUUUGCCAAUCGGCAAGUUCAUGGCUGCCACCUUGCCCACCAAGGAGUAUCGGUGGAUGGGUUAUAGCUUUAGCCUCAACCCAGGUCCAUUCAACAUGAAGGAGCACGUGAUUAUCACUGUGUUUGCCAACUGUGGAGUUUCGAUGGGUGGAGGUGAUGCUUAUUCCAUUGGAGCCAUUACAGUUAUGAAAGCUUAUUAUAGACAAAGUUUGAAUUUCCUUUGUGGCUUGCUUAUUGUCUUGACUACUCAGAUGGUGGGAUAUGGAUGGGCAGGGAUGUUGAGGAGGUAUUUGGUUGAUCCGGUGGAAAUGUGGUGGCCUGCAAACCUUGCUCAGGUUUCUCUCUUUAGAGCACUGCACGAGAAGGAGACGAAAGCACAAGGGAUGACAAGAAUGAGAUUUUUCAUGAUUUUCUUGAUUGCCAGUUUUGCAUAUUAUGCAUUUCCUGGCUAUAUUUUUCCAAUCCUCACUUUCUUUUCAUGGGUGUGUUGGGCUUGGCCGAACAGCAUAACUGCACAGCAGAUCGGUUCUGGCUACCAUGGCUUGGGAGUAGGCGCCUUCACCCUCGAUUGGGCAGGCAUUUCAGCCUACCAUGGAAGCCCACUGGUCACACCUUGGACUUCUAUCGUCAAUGUUGGAGUUGGGUUCAUCAUGUUUGUCUACAUAAUCGUUCCUAUUUGUUACUGGAAGUUCAACACAUUUGAUGCCCAAAAGUUCCCCAUAUUCUCUAAUCAGCUAUUCACAGGCACUGGCCAUAAGUAUGACACCACUAGAAUCUUGACCCCUCAGUUCGAUCUCAACAUUGCUGCAUAUGAGAGUUAUAGUAAGCUCUACUUGAGUCCACUCUUUGCACUUUCGAUUGGAUCAGGAUUUGCCAGGUUCACAGCCACCCUCACACAUGUCGCCCUAUUUCAUGGCGGGGAUAUAUGGAAGCAGAGUAAAUCUGCAGCAAAGAAUGUGAAAAUAGACAUCCAUGCAAAGCUGAUGAAGACUUAUAAACAAGUUCCUCAAUGGUGGUACCUUGUGUUGUUAGUGGGGAGCAUUGCUUUAUCGCUUGUAAUGUGUUUUGUUUGGAAAGAAGAUGUGCAACUCCCGUGGUGGGGUUUUCUCUUCGCUUUUGCCUUGGCUUGGAUCGUUACCCUCCCUAUUGGAGUCAUUCAGGCAACGACCAACCAGCAACCUGGAUAUGAUAUCAUCGCACAGUUCAUAAUUGGUUAUGUUUUGCCGGGAAAGCCCAUUGCAAAUUUGCUUUUUAAGAUCUAUGGGAGAAUCAGCACCAUUCAUGCUCUCUCCUUUUUAUCUGACCUUAAGCUCGGUCACUACAUGAAAAUCCCACCUCGAUGCAUGUUCACAGCUCAGUUGGCAGGAACUCUAGUUGCAGGGACAGUGAAUCUUGCGGUUUCAUGGUGGAUGUUAGAGAACAUUGAGAACAUUUGUGAUAUCGAGGGUCUUCAUCCAGAGAGUCCAUGGACAUGUCCCAAAUUCCGAGUUACAUUUGAUGCUUCUGUUAUAUGGGGACUCAUUGGACCACAACGACUGUUUGGACCUGGAGGUUUGUACAGAAACCUUGUGUGGCUGUUUCUAGUUGGAGCAUUUUUGCCUGUGCCUGUUUGGAUCUUGAGCAAGAUUUUCCCUGAAAAGAAAUGGAUUCCCUUGAUUAACAUCCCUGUUAUAUCUUAUGGUUUUGCUGGGAUGCCACCGGCAACUCCUACAAACAUUGCAAGCUGGCUUAUCACUGGAAUGAUAUUUAACUACUUUGUGUUCAAGUACCGGAAACAAUGGUGGCAAAAGUACAACUACGUCUUAUCAGCUGCACUCGAUGCUGGGACAGCUUUCAUGGGUGUGGUGUUGUUUUUUGCACUUCAGAACGAGGGGGUUGAUUUGAAAUGGUGGGGAUCGAAGCCGGAUCACUGUCCUUUAGCAACUUGCCCAACAGCACCAGGGAUUAAUGUUACAGGAUGCCCAAUUUUCUAGGGGCGAAAUUGUAAAAGUUGAAUAAGAGAUAUGGGUAUUUGUUUGUUUGUAUGGUUACUCAUCAAUUUUGUUAGCUGAAUGUGGUCUAACCAUUUGCUGAACAUGUUCCAUUGGUAGAAAUCUGUGGUUCCAAUUUGAUUUCGAAAAGGCAUCGUUGCACAAUUUC